AGCUGACCCUCCUUCUGUGCAACAGCCGUGGAAAGUCCACGCACUUAGCGGCAAGGCUGUGCACGUUGUUGAACGUUACAGCAACGACAAACGGAAAAGAAGAGCCUGCUUGCGCCGCGUGGCAUGCGAUGCCAACGUCUCAGUUAGUCUUGCAGCGGUACAUUGACCUGCUCGAGAGAAAUGAAUUGGAUGCCGCCUUCAAUUAUCUCGCGGAGGACGUGAUUUAUGUCACCUGGCUAGGCAUCGUGGAGGGCAAGGACAACGUCGUCACCUUCCUGCGGGAUAACGUUCGCUUUAUGCACUUUAGAACGAACUUCAAUCGCUGGAGAAGCGUCCAACACUGCUUAGACGCAGACUUGAAAACGUUUGGCACCCCCGGCUCCAGCGAAACGUCGUUUUUUAAUCAGGAGGGAUACGAUUCUCAAGGCUACGCUACCUAUGAGCGCGACGGGACAGUGGCCAAAUACGCAAAGGCCCCCCUGGAACACUACAGAGUGAAGCAAACAGUGGUGAUUCGCGACAAUCAAAUCGUAUUGGUAACGCUGACUCAGCAGCUUUAG